AUGGAGGAUAAUUACUCAUGUGAAAAACAUGGCAGGAAGGAUUUGAAAUAUCAACAUUGGAGAUGGCAGCCUCAUAAUUGUGACAUUCCUAUGUUUAAUGGGACAGCAUUGUUGGAGAAAUUAAGGGGGAAGAAGCUUAUAUUUGUUGGCGAUUCGAUGAAUCGAAACCAAUUGGUCUCGUUUCUUUGCCUAAUUGAUCCAUUUCUUCCUAAGUCAUCAAACAAGAAAUUGAUCUUGAAAGGGAAUUUGUACUAUUUUCACGACACCGAAUACAACACGACAAUUGGGCUGUAUUGGUCGCCAUAUCUCGUCGAAUCGAAUGCUGAUCUUGUGUUAACCUAUCGGGCGAAAGGCCGUGCUGUACGAAUUGACUCGAUUGAAAACCAUGCACGACACUGGAAUGAUGCCGAUUUUCUCGUUUUCGACACUUAUGUGUGGUGGUCCAAUCCUAUGAUGACACUUAUGUAA